ACCACGUUUCGAGAACUGCACUGUCCCGAAAGAACUUGAAGCCAUGUACGCUACAUUGAUCCUCUUGCUGGCGACCUCCACCGCGCUGGCCAAAACCAUCACGGUGGGAAUCGGAACAAGUGAGGCGAGCCGGCCACUACAUGUCCCCGUGGGGGAGUGCACAGACGUGGACGAAGAGGAGGUGUACACGUUGGACUUGAAACAGCCCUGUCGGGCGUUCACUGGCGUCAUGUGCACAGGACAGACAGUCUUACUGAAUCCCGGCGAACAUACGAGUAUAACCCCUGUGCCGGUCGGAAGUCUCUUGUGCGAAUAGAUGCGAUCAUGAUCAGAUCUGUCGUGGUGGGUUAGGGUGGUAGAUACUAUAUCAUAGGUUUGCGACGAGAUGUAUCAAAAAUUUUGUUCUCCC